AACUUGUACUCCUACGAUUGAUCAUGGCGGAGCGCAACCUCGCGCCGACCUGGGUCACCACGGCUGCCUUCGGCUUCUUCACGCUCAACUCCGGCCUCGCCAUCUAUAGCGCCAGGGGCGACCCCGCCUCCGUCCUUUUCGUCGUCGGCUCGUACCUCGCCCUGCUCCUCCUCUUCCACUGCCUCCGCGCCUACGAGCGCGUUCCGCCCGGGUCCCCGGAGAGGGAGCGGGCGAGGCGCGCCGUUCUCAAGGCCGCGUUGUGGACGCUGACGACGCUGCUCACGGCGAUGUUCGCGUCCAGGGUGGGACCGCUCAUGCCGCCGGCCGUCGGCGCCGUCGUAUGGGCGAUGGCGGCGGUGACUUCGGCCGGUGGAUUCUGGGCCUUCUUCCUCAAUCCCUGAUACGCUAGAUCUGCUGCACUUGG